AUGAAGGUCACCGCCAUCCUCUGCACCCUCGUUGCUGCUGCCGUCGUCGGUGCCUCGACAAUCCCGGAGAUCCCGGAGAUCCAGGCCCGCGACACCUGCGGUGCCGGCUACGGCGGCGACCAGAGGCGCACCAACAGCCCUUGCCAGGCCUCCAACGGAGACCGCCACUUCUGCGGCUGCGACAGGACCGGCGUGGUCGAGUGCCGCAACGGCAAGUGGACCGAGAUCCGCGACUGCCGCUCCGCGACCUGCCACGGCACCAACGAUGGCGGCGCCGUCUGCUAG